GUCUGGAACUGCAUCCUCCGCAUCCACAGCCGCAUCCCGGUCCUCCCGUGACCGAGUCCUGCAGCAGCUGCCGUUGGAACCGCCAGAGGAGGGCCACCACCCACCAUGGUGAAGCUGGGCUGCAGCUUCUCUGGGAAGCCAGGAAAAGACUCUGGGGACCAAGAUGGGACUUCUGCGGACAGUGUUCCUCUAAUCAGCCCUCUGGAUGUCAGCCAGCUGCAGCCACCAUUUCCUGACCAGGUGGUCAUCAAGACGCAGACUGAAUACCAGCUGUCCUCCCUGGACCAGUCAAAAAAGUGCCCAGAGCUGGAAGGGCAGAAGCUGAACUGCAACCACCCAGAGGAAGGGCGCAGGGUGCCCACAGCCAGGAUGAUUGCCUUUGUCAUGGCUCUCCUGGGCUGUGUUCUCAUCAUGUACAAGGCCAUCUGGUACGACCAGUUCAGUUGCCCUGAUGGCUUUCUGCUUCGGCACAAGAUUUGCACACCUUUGACCCUGGAGAUGUAUUAUACAGAGAUGGACCCCGAGCGCCACCGCGGCAUCCUGGCGGCCAUCGGGGCCUACCCCCUAAGCCGCAAGCAUGGCACUGAGAUGCCCAUGCCCUGGGCGGACAGCUACCGACAUGUCAAGGAAGCACACAAGGGGCCUGCCCAGUCUGGGGCAGCCACAACUGCCACAGCUGCUGUGGAAGCCACAGAGCAACCCGGGAAGCCCUCCGUCAAGGGUGAGAAAGAAGAUGUGCAGAAGGCUACAGCCAGUGCACCGCCACCGGCCCCUCAGUAACCAAGUGACCGCUGUGUGCCCUGCAGCCAGGCUGGGGUAGCACCCCCUGCAGGCUCCUGUGACCCGUGAGCCGCCUGAUGCUCUCCUACCUUGUGUUUGUGCUCCUUCCCCCAGACACCUCGCUGAAGCCUCCCCUCUAGCUUUGUUGCUUUUCUGUAAGUAAAAACUCAU